AUGGAUUGGGCCGUACCAGGAGGAAUGCCAGAAAUCAACGACGUUUUUGAUGAAGUUACCAAAAUCACUUCUGAUUUACUGCCCAAAAACUACAGCGGCGAUGUGCGCUCCACAAGAGCUGUGCAAGACUUGGUGGCACGUAUCAUCGACCAGCUCGGGGAGGAGUCCGCCGCAGCACAGGGCCUUAACAAAGUCAUCACGAGUUCGGAAAAAUUACGCAAAAAUCCCGGCCAUAUUGUGUAUCUACUUAAAGACCAUCGAGGCAAGGAGGGCAAAGGCGAGAUAAUCGGCCUGUUGAAGGUGGGCCGCAAGCACCUGUUCCUGUUCGACAGCAAGGAGGUGGUGCACGAGGUGGAGCCGCUGUGCGUGCUCGACUUCUACGUGGUGCGCGACCGCCAGCGCAUGGGCUUCGGCCGCAUGCUCUUCGAUUACAUGCUCCAUGAGCUGGAGGUCAUGGCGUGGCAGAUGGCCAUUGAUGGUCCUUCUGAAAAAAUGGAGAAAUUCCUUUCUAGGAACUUUGGCAUAGAAAAGCUGAUAAGGCAAAAUAACAACUUUGCUGUGGCGCCAAACUUCUUUGAUAGAUCCGACGAAGAGAUCAGCAACUCGGGUGGCGGUCCGUCGGCUGUCCCGACCGCCGCUGUCGGACGCUUCGCCGCCCCAAAACCAGCUUCAGCGAUCGCUAACGUCAUUCACGGCGCCGGCCACGAGCACGCAGCGCGUCGCUCGGAGUCUCCACCCGCCGCUGAAGCUGAAGCUCCUGAGGCGAGCGCAGCGGUCGCAAAUGAAGGCCAACCUAUCCGCUACUACCCUGAGGAGAUGUGGGACGACGACGAUUGGGAAGAGCCAUCGGAGCCGGAAUAUGAUGCCGAUGCAUAUGAAUUUGACCCCGACCAGCCGCCCGCCGAGCGGCAGGACGAGAUUCGUGCUCGCGGCCCCAUCCGCUACAGCCCCGUGCAGGUGGAGCGGCCCGGCUCGCUGGACGUGCAGCAGGCGGCCGCUCUGCCCGCCCCCGCUGCGCCCCCAGCCCAGCUGCCCGCCGCCGGCCUGCCGUCCGCCGGCGCGUCUGCUGCAGGCACGCCCGCGGCCGGUGCCAGUCGCAGGGACUCCCAGCUGACCGAUAAAGGCUAUUUCGACGUUAAAUAUUAUCAUAACAAACUUUGGUAA